CUCUGAGCAGCGCUAUGCAUCAUGGGAUUUAGAGUCUCUGGAAGGAUUUUUAACAAACGAAAAUAAACGUCUAGCUUGUCGCUUCUUUGUGUGUUCAGUUCUAAAAGAUGUUGUAAAGAUGUGACUCAUUCAGGACUAACGUGCAAACACGUGGGACAUUAAAACACGCGACAGCUCCGGUCCUCGUAGUGUUUGGCUUCCUUUCAGCAAAAGCGAAAGAGAAGAAGGAGGCGACGCUCCAAACAGCGACCUCAGGCGCAUCGAGACGCGCAGAAGAGCCGCAGUCCAGGAUCCAUAUGGCGCUAUCCAAUGUCCUCCAAGCUCCUGCAGCGGGGUUUAACUUCGACCACGCAGCCAGGAAUGCUGAGUUCGAGGCUCUGUUUGAUGGACAGGUACCUAAACCUGUGAAAACAGGCACCACCAUCGCGGGAGUGGUGUUCAAGGAUGGAGUGGUUCUGGGAGCAGACACAAGAGCCACAUCCAGUGAAGUAGUGGCUGACAAGAUGUGCACCAAGAUCCAUUACAUUGCUCCAAAUAUAUAGUAAGUCUUGUAC